AUGUCUCGGGCAGGAACUUGGAUGAAGAUGCUCGGCGUCGGCAUCGUCAUUUGUGUCGGCGGUCCGGCUUUCGUCCAAUACAUCCGUCCUACCGACGAAGAAUUGUUCAAGCGUUAUAACCCGGAUCUUCAGAAGCGGAGUUUGGAGGAAGGGGAUCGCCGGGCUCGGGAAUUCGAUGAAUAUGUUACCCGGUUGAAGCAAUGGUCUAAGUCUGAUAAGUCGAUCUGGUACGCGGCGCAGGAACAACAGGAACAGAAGCGAGUGGAGGCCGAGGUACAACGGAACCAGGCUAGGGAUGAUGCUAAGGUACAACGUGAGGAGAUGAGGAAGGAAUUGCUGGGUGAGAAAUAG